AUGGAGCCCUCCUAUCAAGUCUUGUACGGACGACCCUGCAGUCCUCUCUACUUUUUCAUCUCCAUCAUACUCCUAAUCCUCGCCAGCGUGUGCGUCCACUGCGUUUAUAUCUCCCGCCUCCACUUUCCCAACGUCUCUAAUACCCUUGGCGCCAUCUUCGGCCUUCUUCUCGGCACGGCUAUGGGUUUAUGCAUGUUGGCUAUCAUGUGGGAUCCUGCGAUUUGCUGGACGACGAAGAAACGUGUCAAUAACGGAGAUGGGGAGCGGGCUAUCAGAGUCAAGAGACCGAUUGUGGGUUUUCGGCACCUGGAGAUCCAACUCGAAACGCCGGGUGAACUUGAUGAUGUGUGGUUCGAUGGGGUCAAGCAUAGAAAGGCUAUCUUCUUGGCCUGA